UCUGGAAAAAGGACACAGGAAUUUAUCAACAAUUUUUGACACUGCUGUCACACAAAGAUCUCUAUUCUAACUGCAAUAAGACAAAAUAAAACAGGAUUAAUGAUGUACCAAUUACCUUCAUGCAAUCCCUGCAAAACAAUCUCAAUUCCAACUGAACUUAGAGAUUCACUAUCAUGCCUCGACAUUGUAUGGUCCAAUAUCUUUGAGACUGUUGACUCAAAGAUAAAUCCAGACAGAGCUAGACAGUAUGAGGUUGACUUUCUCCAAGGAGCCCCACCAACAUGGCCGAACUUUGACAAAUCAGCAAAUUUAAAAUUGGUGGAAAGGGAUGGCUUUAAUGAUUUAAUACAGUUAAUUGAGGAAAAAAGAGAAAAAAGCUGUCUCAUCACUGAUGUUUCUUUACAAUACCAGCCUGGCAGUGGAGGAUCAACCCUCGCCAUGCAGGUGCUUUGGCAUUUCCGGAAAGAUCUCAGGUGUGCCAGAGUGAUCGAUUCUGACUUAGACACAAAAAAGCUGUCAAAACAAGUGGUGGACCUUUUUCUGCUGUCUAAUGAGAAACAUGCAGAACAAGAUCGGAAAACUGUGCUGCUGCUACUAGACACCAAGGAAAAGACGGACAAUGAUCUGCCUAUCAAGAAUGAUCUCUGGGAAAACCUGAUUGAAGAAAUACAUAAUAGAGGCAUCAGUACUCAAACUCCAGUUGUGAUCAUUUUGAACUGCAGCACUGCAGACUUCAGUCUAAACGACACACUGAUUCUUGACUCCAAACUCUCUGAAGAGGAAAUCAGACAAUUCAAGGAAAAACUGCUGCACCAGAUCCGACUACAGAGAAAAAGCCAGUGGGAAGUUACAACCAUAAAGCUGUUGUACCACAAAGACAGCAGCGGAUCAGCAGUAGUCAGGGAGGUACUGCAGGACCUGAGGGAAGAGUGUGAAAUCCAGACAGAACCAUUCACAACAGAGAUUACAGAAAAUAAAGAGGAGUUUAGAAAAGAGAUUGAAGAUAGGGCAAACACACUGCUCGAAAUAUAUGAAACACACAAAAAACCUGUGCUUGUCCUGUUGGAUCACAGGGAUGAUAAGUCACUACGCUACUUAUUAAAGAAUCUGCAGUCAAAGCUUCAGCGCUCUGAUCGACCUGACCAUCCUGCAUUCAUCAUUAUUAAUGCUGUGAAGAAGAGCGUUGUUCGAGCGCCAGGCCACGUGAAGCUGAAACUGGAGCUCUUACCAGAUGAGAAGGAGAAGUUUGCUCAGAAAAGGCAGGAGAUUGAAAAGAAACACAAGAAAAUAUCAAAAACGUUUCAUGCCUUUAAUAUAAUGCAAGGAGGUUUCCAGAAAGAGGAUGCAGAGAAAGUCAUCACAGAAGAAAUGGUCAAUCACAUUGGAAAAGACAAACAGUCCAGCAGCACAAGACUUCUCAGUUUUUUGGCUUUGAUGAAUUCAUACGUCCCAGGUUCACACUUGUUGAAGCCUUUGUGCAAGAAAUUCAUUGAGCAAACAGAAUGGCCCACUGAUGAGAGAAAACCUUCAGUGGAAAUGAUAAUGAAGCCUUUCAUGGAUCUCAUAGUCAUUUUCUCUGAUGGAGAGCAAAACUGCAUACGUCUGAAACAUCCGAUGAUCGCUGAUGCAUGUCUGAAAAGGUUCACUGAGAACAAACUGACAAGAUCUGACAUCGCUCUUGACUUCUUGAAAAGCAUGGUAAAAGGAAAUGAGAGUAACUAUAAGCAAAUCUGCAAGAGAAUGUUAGUCACAAGACCUGACGGUCUGAUAGAAAAGGAGAAGUUUUCCAGACUGAUUCUUGACAUCAUAAGGGAAGGUAAAACUAACAAAUGCAUUAGUUUGUUGGAGAGGGCUUCGAAUUUGUUCUCCACAGACCCUUUUUAUCCUCAAGCACUUGCACGUUUGUAUUACAUUGGGGUAACGGAGGAAAGCAAAUAUCAGGAGGCAGAAAAAUGGGCAGAAGAGGCCAUUAAAAGAGACCACAAAAAAUCUCAUAUUAGGGACACAUUGGGGCAAGUUCACAAAAACCAUCUGCGGAGUGAAGUUAAAAAACCAUGCACAAACAUAGAUGAAAUGUUGCACAUUGCACUGUCUGCCAUUGAUGCGUUUAAACGUGAAGAGAAAGCAGCUGAAGAUGAGUUAGUUGACAACACCAGAUUCAAUAACAGGGGCCACUUUGGUUUUCUGCAGGUUUGUAAGGAGAUUUCAGAUCUGAGGCCCUUAAUAAGUCCAAAUAAUCCUCUUCAACAAAAAUACCAUGAUUUCAUCAAUGGUCUCAGAGCUGAAGUCGAGUCGAAAUAUGACUUCUUUGAAUGGUACCUGACAUUCUCAAGACUAAGCAACAAAAAAGAUGACCCAGACUACUUUCGUGAAGAUGAUGAAGAUUGCUACAAGCGAUAUUUUACACAGACAGACCAGUUGGAAAAAAUGGCCCUGAAUGAGAAAAAAAUGAAGUCUUUUGGAGGACUGCUUCAUUUCCUAAAAUCUGACAUUGAUGUGCUUGAACAGAAUUUGAUUGCAAUUGAAAAACCUCGGUCCAAAAAUGAAACCCAAACCAUUCUCUACAUUUUUGCCAACAUCAUCUUGAGUCAGUCUAAUAAACCAUCUGAAAAAUCACAAGAGCUUCAGGACAUGUUACAGAAACUCUGGUCGACAGAAGUUCAUGGCAGAAGCCCAGAGUUUUACCUCUUGAUUCUUUUGCUCUUUUGGCCUCAUGAAGCAAAGCAAGAGAAGGAAAACCCUCCAAAUUUUGAAAACUGUGUGAAAUAUAUGAGUCAGUCAUAUGAGAGGACGUAUCAGAAAUACCUUCACGGUCGCCACCUGGUGCCUCUGUUCUUCUAUGGGAAAGGAGAAGGCUUGCAGAUACUGGUUCACUCAAAGCUAGAUAAAACUGAUCUGGAUCUCCUGACUGAAGGAGAUGGAAGUGUAGAAGUCAAAUGUCUUCAGCGUAUCGAUGGGAAGGUGGAGGAUCAUAAAGUGUUUGCUGUUAGAAAUGGGCAACAGAUUCCAGUCGUCGCUCACAAUCGGGCCAGUGUGUGCAGACGAGGCCAAGUGUCGUUCUACCUCGGCUUCACGAUCAGAGGACCCGUCGCCUACAACAUCAGAUAUCAGAACUAGUUCAUGGAUGAUCGAAUGCUGUCAUUCAGAGUAUAAAUCUCUUCAUUGGAGCUGGAAAUGCUCAACAAUGCAGCUCAUACAA